AUGGGAAGACUUUAUCUUGAUUACCUUGAAGGCAAUAACAUUUUUACAUGCACUACUUGUUAGGUGCACUUGACAUCAUAUAAUGAACUUAUUUCAAAAGCAUUUAAAGGUAGACAUGGUAAAGCAUACUUAUUCAAUUCAGUAAUUAACAUCACCUGUGGUCCAAUUGAGGAAAGAAUUCUUCUAAGUGGUAAACAUUAAGUGAGCGAUAUUUUAUGUAAAAAAUGCCACACUGUAUUAGGAUGGAAAUAUGAUCGAGCUUUUGAAGAAUCUUAAAAGUAUAAGGAAGGUAAAUUUAUUUUGGAAAAAGCAUAACUCAAAAAGUAACACUGGACAUACUGA